UGCCUCACACGGGUUCUGACGCUGUGCCCAUAUUAAGGUAGCUAGACCUCGUCUUCGGAUUCAUCAAGGGUGUGCAAACGGAGAGAGAUUAUUACGAACAGCGUUUAGCAAGAAACGUAGGAAAACAUGUUUGUUUUUAUCAUGUUCUUCUUGUCAUGUUAAUUUCGGGCAACCGUAGUGUCAUGAAAUCUCAACUUUCCAGGCUAAUUCAAGUAUUAGUUUCUCCAGGUUGUCCAUUUCCAUAUCUGAUACUAAUCAAGUUUUUCACGUUUCUUUUUUCCUGAUUUAUUAACCUCUUGAAACACUACCAUUUCUGGUUCUAAUUUAAUUUAUCCAGCUCACCCCAGACAAGGCCAAACCUUAAUUAGUGUACAAGGCUAUAAGAAAGGAUAAAGGCAGCUGGAAGCAUGUAUAAUUGAAUUACAAUAUUGUCAUAACUACUUGCUCUUUCAGGCCGUAAGAAUGGGAGAAUCAGCCGAUCCACCAUUUGAGACAACUUACAAGAAUCUCUUCAGCAACUCGCCUGACAGUACACUGCAAAAAGAUUCCAGGCAGGAGCUUGUGGAGGAAAGCGAGCUGCCGUUAGUUGAUCUGAACCAGUUAAACCUUGGAGAUCUCCAGAGGCAGGCAUGUCAGAAGCUGAUCGCUCGAGCUUCACAGGAAUGGGGUUUCUUCCAGGUUAUAAAUCAUGGGAUUUCACGAGAUAUAUUGGAGACAAUGAGGGCGGAACAAGUGAAGCUGUUGAAGAAGCCGUUCCUUGAUAAGACAAACUACAAAGAUUUAAACUUCUCGGCUGGAAGUUACCGGUGGGGGACGCCUUCAGCUACUUGCCUGGAGCAGCUCUCCUGGUCAGAAGCCUUUCACGUAUCCUUAAGUGAUGUUUUGGGUUCAGGUGGCCUUAACAGCCUCAGCUCAACGAUGGGGCAAUUCGCGACAAUGGUGUCCGAACUAGCACAAAUGUUAGCAGACAUAUUAGCCGAGGAAAUGGGUAAUAAGACAUGUUUUUUCAAAGAAACAUGUCUGCCCACCACAUGCUACCUCCUGUUGAACCGAUAUCCUCCAUGUCCAUUAUACCCUCAGAUGUCUGGAAUAACUCCCCAUACCGACAGCGAUUUCCUCACAAUACUACACCAAGACAACAUUGGAGGACUGCAACUAGUGAAAGAUGGAAGGUGGAUUGCUGUUAAGCCCAAUCCCCAGGCCCUCAUCAUCAACAUCGGAGAUUUAUUUCAGGCUUGGAGCAAUAAUGUGUACAAAAGUGUGGAACAUCGGGUUGUGGCAAAUCCGAGAAAGGAGAGGUUUUCGACUGCUUUCUUCUUCUGUCCGUCUUAUGACACAGUCAUAAGGUGGAGAGGGGUUGAACCUGGUUUUUAUACAAGCUUUAGCUUCGGGGAGUACAGAGAACAGGUGCAACAGGAUGUUGACAUUUUCGGCUACAAAAUAGGACUUUCCAGGUUCCUAGCUUAAAACAGACAAGCCUUUCUCUUUGCAGACAGGGCCUGGAAUUUGAAAUGGUAGGGAGACCAGUUAAGAUAGAACUAUCCUCGGCCGGAAUUAAUAAAUUAAAUUUCAAAUAAUUUGUCAACUUAAUUUAACUAUAUUUAAGUUGCAUCAUAUGUACUCAAGUGAGUAAGAUAAAUUUAUUACUCCCUUUUGUUUCCUAGUCAUGAUUCAUGAAUGAGAGCUUUAAUGUUUUU